AUGGCUAAAAGCAAAAACCAUACCAAUCAUAACCAAAACCGAAAGGAUCAUCGUAAUGGAAUUAAGCGACCACAAUCGCAACGAUUUCCAUCAUUAACAGGAGUUGAUCCCAAAUACGUUCGUAACUUGAAAUUUACCAAGCAUCACAACCAUGUUGCUCGUAAAAACUUACGCAAAGCCCGUAAAGUAAAAUUAGCCGGUGGUGAUGCCGCUGCUGCAGGUAAGGUAGUUAAACGACCAAUUCGCCAACCACAACCAACUCAAAAAUCAUCGUGGUCAUUGUCAUCGCUCUUGAAGAACGUUACUUCUUAUUUUGCUGGUGAAACAGCUGCUCCAGCUAAGAAACGCGCUGUUCGUAAACAUCCAUCAAAGAAAUCCAAAUCCCAUGCAGCGGCAGCAAAAACAACAACAACAACAAAAGCAACAACAGUUGCUGCUAAGAAAUAA